UGAGUUCUACAUCAGUUACGGGUCAGUUUGAAAAGAGGCCCCACUGCGACAAGAUGGUUAAAUUGACCUUAUACGGCUUGGACCCCAGUCCCCCAGUUCGCGCUGUAAAACUGACUUUGGCCGCUCUAAACCUAACGUACGACUAUGUAAACGUUGACAUUGUGGCUCGUGCCCAACUUUCUCCGGAAUACCUGGAGAAGAAUCCGCAGCAUACGGUGCCCACCCUGGAGGAUGACGGUCAUUACAUCUGGGACUCGCAUGCCAUCAUGGCCUAUUUGGUCUCCAAAUAUGCUGAUUCCGAUGCCCUAUACCCGAAAGAUCCUCUCCAGCGGGCAGUUGUGGAUCAGCGACUGCACUUUGAGUCCGGAGUGGUCUUUGCCAAUGGCAUAAGGACCAUUUCCAAAUUAGUUCUCUUCCAGGGACAGACGAAGGUACCCAAGGAGCGAUACGAUGCCAUUAUCGAGAUCUAUGACUUCGUAGAAACCUUUCUCAAGGGACACGAUUACAUCGCUGGAAAUCAACUGACCAUUGCGGACUUCAGUCUCCUUUCAUCUGUGUCCUCCAUUGAGGCCUUUGUGUCCUUGGAUACGGCCAAGUAUCCCAGGAUAGGUGCUUGGAUCAAAAAGCUGGAACAGCUACCUUACUACGAGGACGCCAAUGGCAAGGGCGUCCGCCAGUUGGUGGCCAUUUUCAAGAAGACUAACUUCACAUUCGACAACUGAUAUGUAUCUUUCACACCAAAUACAGUCACAAUAAAGAAUUGUUAAGAAAACGUGCUAGUAACGCACAUUUUUGUGGUGAAAUAAA